AAAUAGAUACGAAAUGAUUUUGCAGUUACACGGGGAUAAGUCGUCACAGAUGGGGCGACUGGUCUCUCUUGCAAUUGCAGCCUUAAUAAUGUCCUUGUCGGUGCUCGCACAAGCGCCCGAAGAUGAGCCGGCUAUGCCUCAAGACACUGCAGUGGAACCAGACCCUGGAAAUGUAUACGUGUCCCCUCAAGUGAACAGUGAUGUGUGCUAUCUGGCUGAAAACUUCGACUCGGGUAGCAUCAAUGUGUUCAAGUCCAGAUGGGUAAAAAGCGAAGCCAAAAAGGAAGAGGUCGACGAAGAAAUCGCGAAGUACGACGGCGAGUGGAGUAUUGAGGCUGCUACAGAGAACCCUUUGAAUGGAGACUUAGCUCUGGCUUUGAAAUCCAAAGCUAAGCACCAUGCAGUGUCCGCAUUUCUAGACAGACCAUUUCGCUUCACUGGCAAGUCUCAAUUGAUUAUCCAAUAUGACGUUCGUUUUCAAGAGGGAAUGGAAUGUGGCGGUGCAUACAUUAAACUCCUCUCUGAAGCUGAGUCGCUCGAUUUGAACAGUUUUCACGACAAAACACCCUACACAAUAAUGUUUGGUCCCGAUAAAUGUGGCAACGAUAUGAAAAUGCAUUUCAUAUUCCGAUAUGAGAGUCCUAAAACUAAGAAAACUGAGGAGAAACACAUGACUCUGGACAGUUCAGAGGGGUUCAAAAGUAUCUUCACGGACAAGUUUUCCCAUUUGCUCACACUGUCUAUUGAAGCAGAAAGUAAGUUUGAAUUGUCAGUUGAUCAGACUGUCAUCAAAAGCGGAAGUCUUCUCAACGACUUCAAACCAUCUGUCAUCCCAGAGGCGGAGAUAAACGACCCAGAGGAUAAGAAACCUGAGGACUGGGAUGAUAGAGCCAAGAUCCCCGACCCAGAAGCCACGAAGCCCGAUGAUUGGGAUGAGAGUGAGCCUGAGAAGAUUGCUGACCCGGCGGAUGUGAAGCCAACUGAGUGGCUGGACGAUGAGCCCACCUACGUUCCAGACCCGCAGGCGGAGAAGCCGGGAGACUGGGAUACUGACUUGGAUGGAGAGUGGGAGGCCCCGCUCAUUGAAAACCCCAAAUGCAAGCCAGGUUGUGGUGAAUGGAGGCCAGCGAUGAUUGCUAACCCGAAGUUCAAGGGUAAAUGGCAUGCACCGAUGAUUGACAACCCCAACUUCAAAGGCAUCUGGAAACCCAAAAAGAUCCCAAACCCAGAUCACUUCGAUGACCCGAACCCAUUCCAAAACCUGGCCCCUAUCAGCGCUAUAGGCCUGGAACUGUGGUCAAUGUCUAAUAACAUUCUCUUUGACAAUUUUCUGAUCACUUCUGACUCUGAAAUGGCGAGCCAUUACGCGUCCGAAACAUGGGCAAAAAAGAAAACAAAGGAGCGAAUGGCAUUCUCUAAUAGUGAUUCUGUCAUCGACUACUUGUACAAGUCGGCCAAUCAGAACCCCUGGCUGUGGAUUGUGUACGCUCUGGCCGUAGUGCUGCCUAUCACGUGUUGCGUCAGUUACUUUUUGUCAAAGCCCAAAUCGCGAAAGAAGAAAACUCCCGCUCCUAAACCCAGUUCUGCCGAACACAAGAAAGAUGACGACGAGCCAGUUGCGGCUACUUCGUCCAGAGACCAACUGGAAGCCUCCGAAGACGACGCUGCCAAAGAAGAAGAAGAGCCAGAGAAAGAAGUAAGUAGCCAGGGUGACGGCAACUCAAAAUCGGGCAGGGGUGACUUGGAAACAGCCGAAGAAGAGGAGGAGGAGGAGGCGGACGGAGAUGACGAGGGGUCGGCCGAGGAGGGAAGCGAAUUGGACGAGAACGAUACAGAGCCACAAAAUGGCCAAGGUGGGACUUCAGUGGAAGAGGCUUCUCAGCCCCGAAAACGGAGAAGUCGGAAAGACUGACAGGACCCUUUCCUCCUCGCUGCCAAUCACUGUUCGACUGAUCCCCGCUCGCUAUAUUUGAAAUUACGCUAUUACAGUAUUCCAACUAUAUAUUUAAAUUGCUAAUUUUAAGCUCUGUAUUGAUUAUAUUUGUCUCAAUCCAAUCAUCGACGGGGGUGAUGCCCACUAGCUUGUACAUGGGGACAUUGCUAUAAUUUGGUAAAAUUUGUGUGCACCAAAGUUGUGCAAGGUUGUUAAAAUGAUUCCGGUAAUUACUUCCUGACUGGUUAUUUGAAAAAAAAAAUACGAAUCAGAUAUCCGUAGUGAGAUCUGCUGAAAAUAUAGAUGGUUGGAAUUUCUGCUAGAUGAGUGAAAUUUUGGGAGAUUUUGAAUUCAAGCAGAUAUAGUUUGAAUGGUUUUCAUUCCCAUGGCAGCGUACGUCGGCUGUAACUGAACAAUCUUAAUCGAUUGGUAAGUGAUACGAAAUUUUGGCAGCAUCUUACCAUCAAUGUGCUCUUCAAGAUAAAGUCACGUGAUUCAAUCUACUGCAAUUAUCUGAGCUUCUGUGUAUAUGUCAGAUAGAAUUAGACAAUUUGACACUAGAUUUUGGUUUGAAAAUCGUGUUUGUCCUCGGAUCUUAUCUAUUGGAAAAUGUGUUUAAAGCUCGAUAUAUUGUUGCAUCAUCUGCAAACAUGAGACGAGAACCCUACUUGAGCUAAUUUUGUUUAAUUGUUGUAAGUUUUCCACGAUUCAUGUUUUUAUUCUUUAUAUUUGAAUUUGUUGUUCAAGUUAUUCAAAACAAGUUCUUGCGCUUCGACGUAAAUUUACCAAAUAGUUUUCAAAAUUCGUUCUGAUAAAUUUUGUAAUUUUGAAGUAAUUUAAUAAGUUGGCGCAAACAUUGAAUUUAAAUCUUCUAGAUCUCA